ACUUUCUCUCUUCUAGGGUUUGGGUUCUGUCUGUCUGUCUCUCUUCUGCGUCUCCUCACCAACGAAUUUUCUCGAGUCCCAUUUGCCAUUCAGAGCGACUCACAUGCUUCGCCUUCCUUUUGGAAGGUUAGGGACAGCUCCCACGCAUCACCUACCCAGCUUCGCUCCUCAUCUGCUAAAGCCUCUGUUUCCAAGGUCGAGCUUCUCCGUCUACUUGGGGGCUGCGCAGUUCGAUCAUCGAUUGGCUGGUUCCAGCUCGGCUUUGUGAUUCCCGAUAGAAGAUUGGCUGACUGGAGUUGUCGCAGGUUAUUGGUGCUUGGUGAUAUACUGAAGGCUUAGAGGGUGGAUAGAGACGAGUGUUGAUUUUCUUGGAGAUAGAUGUAUCGUGAGUUAUGGUAACAUCUUUUGUACAUAGGAGUAGAGGGGUUCAACUUCGGAGAGGAGGUGCUCUGUUCGAUUGGCGAAGAUGCCUUCUUCCUAUUUCUCAAAACUAAGGUCUGCUGUUCAGAAUGGUAUUCAGAAAUCGGCUGUAGGGCAUGAUGGUGGUGUGCAGAGUUCGGUGGAGGUUUUAGUUGGGCAAGGGAAGUUGUGGUUCGGAAAUUCAAGGUUUUUCCACUCCGUACCAUUCUCUGCGGUAUCCGAGUUGAAUGUGCUUUUGCGGCCGGGGACUGUUUCUCCUGCAAGGUCCGAUUCUCAGUUAACUAAUCGGAGAAGGAACGUCUCUGUUGUUGGGGCCCUGUCUCGCACGUUUUCGAUUCCAUCAGUGUCAGGUCCCACAUUCCAGGUCUGCGGAUACCAUAUUGAUCGUCUACUCUCCGAUUCUGACCAGUCGGUUGAGAGCUCCAAGUUUGAGAGUAAACCGAUGGCUUCUUGCAGUUCCAGAACUCUGCCAAGUGAUUUCCCCGUAGAUAGACUGUUCUCAAUGCGACAGAACAUCUCGGCAUCAAAGAAUUUUAUUGUAGCUGCUUCUUGUAAUAGCAGCUUUGACAGCUGUAAAAGAGCCAGCAUGAGUUUGAUAAACAAAGAGCAGCCUAGUAAAUAUCAAAUUUAUGGAUACUUUGUCUUCAAUGCUGCAAAAGGGAGAUGGAACUUGAGCCCGAACGUAGAGUCAGGGCUCCAAGACUUAUAUUUAUCAUCUUGUAGAUAUUUCUCUGCUGGUACUGCUCCUGAUGUGUCCUUCGACAGUUCUUCCCGUGAUGAGCAGCUUGCAAGUUCUACUGUUUCAUCUGAAGAAAGAAACUUUAUGGGAAAAGACCUGCAACUAGUGUCGGGAUCUUGUUACCUCCCUCAUCCUGAUAAGGAAGAAACUGGUGGAGAGGAUGCCCACUUUAUCUGUUCAGAUGAAAAAGCAAUAGGUGUGGCGGAUGGUGUUGGUGGAUGGGCUGAUUAUGGUAUUGAUUCUGGGCAGUACUCACGGGAACUCAUGUCUAACUCAGUAUCUGCUAUUCAGGAGGAGCCAAAGGGCUCUGUUGAUCCUUUCAGGGUUUUGGAGAAAGCCCACUUCAGCACGAAGGCAAAAGGCUCCUCAACAGCUUGUAUAAUUGCACUCACGGACCAGGGCCUACAUGCGAUUAAUCUGGGGGACAGUGGGUUUAUGGUAGUCCGAGAUGGCUGUACUGUCUUUCGGUCUCCUGUGCAGCAACACGACUUUAAUCUGACAUAUCAACUUGAGAGUGGGUACAGUGGCGAUUUACCAAACUCUGGACAGGUUUUCACAAUACCUGUUGCCCCUGGAGAUGUCAUAAUCGCUGGUACGGAUGGAUUGUUUGACAAUCUGUAUAAUAAUGAGAUCACAGCUGUGGUGGUUCAUGCCACGAGGGCAGGCUUGAGCCCACAGGUGACAGCUCAAAAGAUAGCAGCAUUGGCCCGACAAAGAGCUCAGGACAAGGAUCGGCAAACUCCCUUCUCAACCGCUGCACAAGAUGCUGGGUUCAGAUACUAUGGUGGCAAGCUCGAUGACAUCACUGUGGUCGUCUCAUACAUUACCAAGGCAAAAGAUGAAACCCAGUCUUCACCUUGAGAUCUGGAUCUAUGCUCCUUGUAGCAAGUAGCAUAGGACAAUAUUACUCAUCGGUUUUUGUUGUGCUUCCAAGCUUCCUGGUUUUGUCAUUCAAGCUAAGUGGUGUUGGUUAUUCUCCUGUAGUAGUGUACACUACUACGACGAUGGAGCUAUCUUUUUGAAGCAAAACCUCUGUAAAUAGUUUGUCAAUUUGUAAUAUAGGAGACGAUGGUAGUGAAGAUUGAUGCUAGUGACGAACUCUCAUCAGCGGCACGAGCUUCCAUCUUCUAUCCCUGCAAGCUUUUUUCUUCUAUCUCAUUGGUGAGAGUAACUUCUGGGGUGCUAUUUGAGCAAAA